AUGGAAUCCUCGUUCAGAGGCAAGUAUGCGUCCAUCCCGGCUGGCAGCGCUCAACCUGGUGCCACAUCUUCUAUUUCGUUUCAUCAUACAGUCGCGCACCAGGACUGCAUCAUACCGCAAAAAGUCAUUCCUCGGAGAAUUCUGCAAACCAACACGCGACUGUCCCAGUACUCCCCAUGGCAACGAUGGGGAUCCUCCUGGUUCUGGGAGCUAGCAGCAAUGACACUCAGCUGUUUCUCCCUGGCGUUGACACUGGGUAUUCUUUACUUCUUCGACGGCAAGCCCUUGGAAUCGUGGCCCCUCUACCUGUCACUGGGCACAAUCAUAUCGACCCUGGCACAGAUUUCUCGCACCUCUCUUGCCUUCGCCAUCACGCCCUGUCUGGGGCAGGCAAAGUGGAAUUGGUUUUCUCAAAGAGAAGACGACGUUCUGGUCUUCAGAACCUUCGAUGAAGCAAGUAGAGGGCCUUUGGGAAUAACGGUUGCAAUGUUCGGAUACGACCCCUUCGUCCAAGCCAUAGUCGACACAUCUGGAUACGAGGUUCCACUCAUAGGAAGCUCAAGGGCCAAGAUUCGGGCAUCAAACAGGAUCUGUGUAGGUCAAGAACAGAUAACAGGAAAACAGAUUACUUUGACGAACGAAAAUGGCUCGAUGGGACCCGACACGGUGGUCUUCCAGGAAAGGGCACUGACAGCGGACUUUGGCUUGACGCUUGCCGUCUACGAUGGAUUUGUCAACAAGUCGUUGGCCUUCAUAGACCCUUACCAGUCAUCCUUCUUUUGCGACACCGGUAACUGCACAUUCCGGAUUUUCGACUCAUUGGCAGUUUGCAGCCGUUGCAUCAAUGUGUCAGAUCAUAUUCGAAGAGAGCAAGUGCCCGGGGGAGGGAGCACAUAUACACAAUAUAUGUUGCCAUACGGCUUGGAAAUUCUCAAUCGGGACGACGCAAAGCCGCCGAGGAAUGCAUAUCCAGUUCCCACAGAAAGUCCAAUACACAGGCGGGCAAAGGGAAAUGCGGAUCAACUCAUCAGCUUGAUAUCACCAAAUCAAACCGUUGUCCAAGUCAUAGCCAACCGGUCCGAGUCGAUAUUCUUUGCCAACUUCACUACCACCUUUGUUGUUUUCAGAAUCAUCCAGUCUACACCGGAAUUUGUCAACAACCUUUCGCCUUGGAAUACGACGUUUCCACUCGCCAUGGAAUGCGGUUUAUCCUUCUGCGUCAAUCAAUACAAUUCGAGCGUUAGUAAGGGCAUACUCCAUGAAUCCGUUCUUGACUCGUGGGACGAGUGGUCACAUCCGUCACUGUUGCCUCAAGAUGGAUUUCUGGAAAGCAACAUCUCUACAGAAGAUCAAAGAGAAAGAUGGAUGCAUCCCUUCAACCACACACUAAGCAGUCCAGUCCGCCCAGAUUCACAUGGAACGCUCUGGGAUUUUCCGCGAUCUGAUUUACUCCUGGCUACACACCCCAGUCUUGACCCUGGGGAACAUGAUGACUCUGGUGCUACUACGGUUUCCAACCGCCUCCCCUACUUCAACAUCACCCAAAUAUCCCUAGCCUCCACAAUCGACUGGUUCACCCACGUCCUUGCUCCCGAGCCACUGAUUUAUCCAACCACAGCCGAUAUAGGUUACGGUAACCCCGUCGCCGGAGCCAUCGCCAAAUCAACCAAUCUCAGCAUCACUUUCGACAACGUCGCCCGUAGUAUGACAGCCUGGAUCCGCGAGAAAGAGGGGGUAUGGGUAAUGGAGAGCGACACGAAGAAAUGGGAGUUCCGUUUCUGCAUCCGUUGGCCAUUCGUCACCGUUCCUGUGGCGGUCAUGGUGGCGAGCGCGCUUUAUCUUGGGCUUACAAUUUGGCAGACCCGCAUGUACGGCGUGGACCCUUGGAAAGAGGACGCUUUGGCGGCGAUAGCACAUGGACUUGAUCAGGAGAGCAAGGCGAAGAUUUGUCAGGCAGAAAGGGUGGGAUUGAGGAAUGAAGCUGCGAUGGGGAUGAAGGUUACGCUGCGGCAGGGGAUGUAUGGGGAGGUUGAGUUGAGGGAUGUGGGUAAGGAGGGAUAAUGCGCUUAAUAUAUGUGACUUUGAUGGGCAAGCAAAGAAGAGAUGACGGAAGAUGAUGACCUAUCUCAAACACAUACACAUGAGCAAUGUGCAAUACUGAAACCGGAUUUAGAGG